AUGUCCACAGAUGCGAUAACGCGGACUUUCCACCUUGCUCCGCCAAGCCAUUCAUGCGAUGAUAUGGCAAUUGCGACUUCUGGAUAUACUUCGCCUCAGAUGCAAACCAAUCAUCAGAAUCAUCACUCAUUUCGAAGCUUGAGAGCUCGUCGCGCUCAGCAAAACCUGACGCUGCCUCUGCACCUUCGACGACGCACUGUAAUGGACAACGACUCUUGGAUGCAGUCCAUGUCAGACGUGGAGAUUGAAACGCACUACGGUCGAAACUUCCUCCAUGGCGUGCCCAGAUUCGACAAAACACCACUCGAGCACAAUCAUGCGUACACUGCCAGCUCAAGUGCUUCGCAGUCUACACAAAACUCCUCUAUGCCGGGUAGCAUUUACAUUCCCUCACGACCUCCUAUUCUGGGAUCCUCUUCGAACUACAACAGUCCAAUUUGGUCGGCCGACUCGCACCAGCUGGACUUUGGUGGUUUCUCCAGCGCACCGAUGAGUGCAGUUUGGCCUCAAAACAACUACACAUCGUACAUUCUCGAUACAAGCGUUUCCCUUCCCAACACUCCUGCGCCAGUUGGCAUCUAUCAGACGCCAAGUCAAAAUCAGGCCAGUCGCCAAAUGCCCCAUCUGAACACGCCUCCGACCAGUGCAGUCUCUCACGCGAAAAUGAACAGCAAUGACGGUGUGGGAAAGCCACAGUUGAAAGUUGAUACAGGGUCUCACGGCUACUUCAAGGAGAAUGGCUCCAUCAUUAUGAACAAAUGGUUCAAUAACACAACGACUCAGAUUGCCCCGCCGCAGAUCUACAAUGUGCCGCCGCCCACAUCUCUGUCGUCUCAAGAUUCUUUCCACGAUGGCUCGUCGAUUGCUUCAGGAAGAAACAUACGUCCGACGUCUGUUCGCCUUCACCCUUCCAGAUCAGGCUUUUCAAGCCAGUUAUCACUCACAAACGCGGCAGACUAUUCUUCGCAAUCCCCGCAGAUCGGCUACUCUGCCAAACAAAGACUCCUAAACGAUAAAUCUCCCUCGCCCGCUAUUCCAGGUCAUUUAGAUGCCGGGGAUGGCAGUAACCGCAUCUCACCCAGCGGUGCAACCUCAGUCGGUCCGAGCACUUACGAGAGCGACAGCAACUACGCUGCCAGCAGCGUCCGAUCCUCCCAUGCGAGCAGACUGCCAUCUCCGGCGCUCUCCGACCAUAAUAAAAAUGCUCAAAAUGCAUUCCUGAUUGACGCCCGUGCCAGGGGAAUGUCAUACAAGGAGAUUAGAAUCAAGGGCGGCUUCACGGAGGCGGAAUCUACCCUGCGUGGUCGCCAUCGGAUGCUGACCAAAGAUAAGGAUAGCCGCGUGCGCAAACCGGAAUGGACCGAAACAGAUAUUGAACUGUUGAGAAAGGCUGUCCGAAUCCAUACCCGUGGAAACGCCCGUACUGGCAAGACCUCUUGGAAGAAGGUGGCAGAGUACAUAACACACAACGGUGGUUCCUAUUCCUUCGGUUUUGCAACGUGCCAUAACAAGUGGAAGGAGCUGCCACCGAGCAGACGUCGAUGA